AUCGGAAUCCCCAGAUCUGUCUGGGGAACUCCGACUUCGCAAUGGCCGCCGCCAAGCAUCUUCCAACCUCACGUCGUCCAACAUCUCCAGACGCCUCUCCCGAGCACCGUCGUCAGUACCUACUGCGAUGAUGCCAAAGCGGGGAAAGGCACGAUAGCCCACGCUAGCUCGACGGUGGUUGGCCUCUCCCGUACCUCAUUCCAGCAGCUAAAGCCUCUUAUCCAGCGACCAAGUGGACCGAGUCUCACUGAAUGUAACCUUACACAAUCCAGUACUGCGCUGCUAUCGCGCAGAGGCGGUAGGUGAUCCGCCGACGAGAAAAAAGGCGCAAUUGUGUUGCCUAUUUACAUUUCCCCUCUCCCAUUGUUGUCUCGCAUCGCAAUCUACCAACACCAUCUCGUAUGAGCAAGAAUGCAUUUUUCAAUGUCUGCGCGGACCGCGCUUCUAGCGACCUGGCUGUCGUUUGUCACGACCUCCGCCGCCAAUGCCGCUUUCGAUCCUCUCGGAAGGUUCUCACAGACUCGCUUCGCAGCGAUGGAUGAUGAUUUCGCAGACGAUGCCGGCUCGCAGUGCAACUCCACCUCCUGCUAUCGCUACUACAACAACAACACGGCGCCUUACCUGAUCCAAUCCUGGCCCGAUGUCAAAUUCGACACGGGCGAGUUCUACUCCGGCUCCAUUCCCAUCAAUGAAACCGACCCAGAUACCACUCUGUUCUUCAUCUUCAAGCCCACUUCGGGCCCUCCAGUAGACACUCUUACCAUCUGGUUCAACGGUGGGCCAGGAUGCAGCUCUUUGGAAGGCUUUUUGCAAGAAAAUGGCCCCAUUUCCUACCAACCGGGCGUUGCAAACCCUCGCCGCAAUAAACAUGCCUGGUCGACGCUUACAAACAUGAUCUGGGUGGAACAACCCGUCGGAACUGGCUUCUCGACGGGCAAACCAACAGCGACGAACGAAGUCGAUGUGGCCAACCAAUUCCUCGGCUUCUUCAAGAAUUUCGAGACUCUGUUCAACAUUACGAACUAUAAGAUCUACGUGACCGGCGAGUCGUACGCGGGCCGAUAUGUUCCGUACGUUUCGGCAGCCAUGCUCGACCAGAAUGACACAACCUACUUUGAUCUUACCGGUGCGCUCGCGUAUGAUCCGUGCAUUGGCUCGUGGGAAUAUGUUCAGGAAACCGUUACCUCCUACGACUUCGCCGUGGCCAACAACGAGAUUCUGAACUUGAAUGCGUCGUUCAUGUCCCAGUUGGGAGAAUUGAACCAGCAGUGCGGGUACACUGACUAUGUGAACACAUACCUCCAAUUCCCUCCCCCAGGGAAUCAAGCGCCUUUCUACCCCUACAGCGAGAAAGGAAAUUCGUCCCUGUACGGCAACUGCGCCAUGUACGACAUCAUCUACGAAGCAGCAUCAAUCAUCAACCCCUGUUUCGAUGUAUACCACAUCGUGCAAACCUGCCCCUCGCCCAAGCCCAAUCUAGCCGUCUACUGGAACCGACCAGACGUCAAAGCAGCCAUCCACGCCCCCAACAAAACCUGGCACGACUGCUCGCCGAAACCCGUGUUCGUCGGCUCGCAAACGCACCCCUUCGGCCCGGAGCAGGAAGACGACUCCUCCCCCGACCCCAUCCAGCAUGUCCUGCCGCAAGUCAUUGAAGCUACGAGUCGCGUGCUCGUCGGCAAUGGCAUGUGGGAUUACAUUAUCCAGACGAACGGGACGCUCUUGUCGAUCCAGAAUAUGACCUGGAACGGCCAGCUAGGCUUCCAAUCCGCGCCCACGGCACCCUUCAUCGUGAAUCAAUCUGAAUCGCUCCACGGUAUAUCCCUCGGCGCGGCACAAGGUACAAUGGGUAAAUGGCACUACGAGCGCGGCCUCAUGUGGGUCGAGACGGAUCAAUGCGGACACCAGGAGCCGGAGUAUCAGCCUUUGGCGUCCAUUCUGCAUGUGCAGUGGUUGUUGGGCAUGAUUGAUACUUUUUAAUUUGGGGGUUGGGGCUGCGCAGAUACGAUGCUCGCGUUCGUGGGAAACGCGGAGCGAGCGUUGUUCAUCAGUGCAGAAUAAUAUUCGAGGAACCAAUGCUGCGUCCGGCAUGGCAUCGUAGCAAACAAGGAGGAGAGAAUUGGACGACAGCGUAAUAGUAUAU